GCCAAAAUGAUGUCGUUUGGUGUCGAGCAAUGCCGCGGAGAAUUUAAGCGAGACCGCGAAGAGGCUCAGCGGUACCGCGGUACUUGAAACGACAUUGGUUGCAGACCAUGUGUGAGUCAUGCGCAGGACAUGUGUUGCUGUUGGACAAGGAAUGUUUUUUAUUUUAUUUUUCCUUGUCGGAGGAGGAGAGUAACAUCACCGUUUGGAGUCAAGCAAUGCUGCGAAGAGGUAAAACGGUGCCGCGAGCCUCAAAGCUCAACGGCAUCGUGAGACUUGGAAACGGUGUUGUUUGGCUAAAAACGGCACCGCGACAAGCGGCAUCGCGGAUGAGUUAAAACGGUACCGCAAGGAAGCUCAGCGGUACCGCGGCACUGGAAACGACACUGAAAAUAAAAGGGGCCGCGCGUUUUAGUGUAGAUGUCGGGGAAGGAGUUUUUUCUGUUUAUAAUUAAUUAUUAUUUUUAUUCCUUGUUGGAAGGGGAAAAUCGGUACCACAUGGAGAUAAGCGGUAUCGCGGAGAAUUAAAACGGUGCCGCGAAUUUAAAAACGAUGCCGCGAGAGCCUGGUAAGCGGUACCGAUUAAUUAAACCAAGAUUCGCCUAGUCCAAUGCGAGCGCCGAUUGGCGGCUGUUCCAUGGAAUAUUUUCGGCUAUAUCAGCGGUGUCAUUUAAAUUAAAAACGGUACCGCGAGUAAGCCCAACGGUACCGCUGUAUUAGCAAACGACAGUGUUUAAAUAUUUAAACAAUGUCGCGGAAAGAAAAACAAACGGAGCUGUUUGGAGAGGAAACGACACCGCGGAGCUUGAAAACGAUAUCGCGCGAGGAAUCAGCAAUACCGCGGUGGUGGAUAAAGUCGCGAGCUAAACAACAUUGCGGUGGAGAGAGAUGUCGCGGUCGCGAAACUAGCGGCGUUGCUAGUGCGACAAUGCCGCGAAGUUCAAUGAUGCCGCAAGGCCAAAGAAAUAUCGUGGAGUUCAACGAAGGCCAUCGACUUUGUGUGGUCAACGACGCCGAGAGAUCAACAAUCUAGCGGCGAGUACGCGGUAACGAGGGUGAAACAACAAUGUUGUUUAAAUCGAUGGCGGUAUCGGGAUUCGAACCAUGGUAUAAAGUUGAUGUGUUUGCACGUGACUUUUACGCAAAGCAGAAAGAGGAGAUCAAGGCAAUUGAAAUACGUGGGAUUUCAGGACGGAGCAGUUGAGGAAGCAGUUCUACAGAGCGUGAAGACUACGAAGGUGGUUUUAGAUAAAAUCAACCCUGCAAGGAGAGAGAGAGGACGAACCAAAUCAACACAGAAAGACAUCUGUCAAACUUUACCUUUUUUCUCUGUAACUCCUUCGCGGAGCUCUCCUUCCAGGAAGGAUCUCCAUAGUUAUAGUCUUAGUCGUAGUCGCGGAGCUCUCCACAGGAAUCUCCAUAGGAGUAGCGGUAGCGUAGAUUCCUCAAAACUCAAACACCCUCGUACGAACGUAGUUUGGAGAGGUGCGAACCGUAGUAAUGGUCGUUCUUGGAUAGAAGUCAGAGGUGCAUCGAUCAAAUCAACACCGCCAGACGGUGGAUAUUUGACGGUCACGUUGAUUUCACUAUUUAGAGGUGCAUCGAUCAAAUCAAUGGCGUCGACAUUCGGCGGCGGAUAUUUGACGGUCGUCUCGAUUUCAGCAAUCAGCGGUGCAUUCGAUCAAACGACACCGCAAGAGUUUCCACCGCGAAACAUCAAAUCAACAUCGCCGAAAACGAAUUCGACACCGGUGGUGGCAUUUUGGUUGUCCCGAGGAAACAAUUUGGCACCCCUGGUGGGACACAUGUGUUUGAAAUGGCUUUGCGACGAGGAAAACAAGAUUGCGAUCUUCCACAAUAAUUUAUGGACGAGCAAAGGACCAAUACUGAAGUUGGUCAGGCGGACGAGGCAGAUAGACAUAUCAGUCGGAUGAAGGAGUGGCCCCAAUCCAUGUCGAGCACUGACGGGCGUGUUGCACUCCUGUCUCUUCGUCAAGCCGUGGAGGAGUACUACCUGCAGGUAAAUCUCUAUUUUAUCUCUUUAAAUAAGCCGUGUGAUUCUCUUGGAAAACAUAUGGAUAAAUUUUUUGAGAUGAUAGACGGACAUGUUUCCGGUAUUGUCAGUCAAGAUUCACUAAAACCUAUGGCUAAAACAGUGUCGUUAGAGGCUAGCAAAUGUCAUGUUGGUUCUCCUGUGAACACUAUUGUUUUGAAGGACAGAAAAGUUAGAGUUGUCUUGUGAAAGCCACAACAAAGAACAAAAUUUAAACGUGUUUAUAAUAAGUUUAAGAAAAUUAGGAAGAACAAGAGUGACAUCUUGAAAGAUGACAAAUUUUACAACAUUGUUCAAUCUAAGCCGCUAGGGGGGCAUGAGAUCCCACCGCAUGGCCGGUUGAAAGAAAAACAACACCGUAAGUGGCAAAUAAGUUUGCCACAUCCACCCCAUUCUAGGAAAAAUCAAACUAGGAUCACCACAAACACUACUCAAGAUGGAGGUGGUGAGCGCGUGAAAAAAUCUAAUGUCACCAAAGUGGGCAUGAAUCAACAGAAUCCUCUAUGUAAAUUGUCCCCAAAACCUCCACUGAGUAGAGAGGGGGGCAAGUUCGAUCAAACCCGACAUGGGGUUGCCACACCAGUGUUGGCUGGGAACAAAUCCAUGAGUGGUGGUCUGGGGGGCAAGUCUACUGCUGAAAAAACUCCAAACUCACGUGGAAGCGCAAAAGCUGCAAAGAUGUUGUGUGGGCGAGGAAAAUCUGACAAUAAUGGUAAACAAAAUAGCCACAUACAUGCUGGUGAAACCCGUAAGCUUCAGCGUUCAUGCUCUCAGCAACAUUGUGAGAGCGUGCAACUAUUAAUACCAGACCAAUCUGGGCAAGCGAGGCCGCAUGGUCGACAUGGCAAGACAAAGAUGCCAAAAAAUGUGGAAGUCUUGCCGAGAGCGAAGAAUACCUGUCACCGACCAAAACAGAUGGCUGAGAUAAAGCCAAAUCGAGCUCGUGGAAUUUCAAACAAGUAUAUUCGAGCAAGACGAGCUGGAAAUUUGGAAUCCACUGUUGACUUGAAAAUUUCUAAGCCAAAGCAUGUGGAGCCAGUUGUGAAUAGUCACGGGAUCUACGGAUGGCUUAUUUGGUUUGAUCAAUGGAGUUGGCGAUGGGUUUGGACUUUUGGUAUGAUGAUUUAUGCCAAAGUCGACCGUGUUUUGGUUUAGCUAUUAUUAAACUAAAUAAAAUAUGGCUAAUUUA